AUGUAUAGAUAUUGUGAAUCUAUUGCAAAUAUAGUAAAGGUAUAUACAAAAGGUUCACCAUAUUUUCAUGGCUGCUUCUUACAAAACUUGAAAGACUUAACUCAAAGGCUACUUGAACAUGGCGGCAAUAGUUCUGGAAAUAAUGAGUCAUCGUCCUGGCUAUUCGCCAAAAAAAUGCCUAAAGCGGCUCUUGAUUCUUUAUGGGAUUCACUUGAAGUGAAAUUCAAUAGGUUUGUUGCAGGUGAUGCCAUGGAUGAAAAUGGACAAAACCAAUCAUCAUCAUCAAUAUCUCAAGAGACUGUCGGACCUUUCUCCCACUUUAGUGCCAUUACCCAACAGACUUCCAAUGUUCCGUCUCGUAGUGUGUCAGCAGCUGAGUUUCGAUCGAUCUCAGAUUCAAACCAUGAAGAACGACGUUCAACUACACCUAAUGCUAGAUUACAAAAACAAAUAAAUGGACAUCAACGAAGAUCGUCAACACCUGGUGUUGGUGUACAAACUACUGAAUACAUGAAUGGUGGAUAUAAUUAUAGUGAAUUUAGCCCCGCAGCUUCAGACGGACAGAUUUCAAUGUCACCUGUGCCUGAAGACAAAUCAUCUUAUAUUACACCGGCAAUAGAUAAUAGUAAUAGUCAUUUCGGAACCUAUGGUAUACAGGGUACUGGUGGCAAGGAGCAACAUAAGGGUGCUGGGGGUUAUAAUAAUUCAAAUUAUAAUAUGUAUCAACAAUCACAACAGAAUGAAAACGGACAUUCAUAUGGUUCUGUUCCAUAUGGUCAACAGUCAACGCAAAGUGAAUACAAUUAUUCAUCAUGGUCGGACAAUUCAGGCAUUGACGCAAAUAAACAACAAGUCACGUAUCCAUAUUAUCAACCAGUUGGGAAUUCUGAUACGUCUUAUACAAAUGAUUCUGCAUGGUGGAAUAAUCCCAGCCCUUAUACUAAUGACGAUGUCUCAAAACAGGACCAAAUUACAACUAAUAAUAAUGAGGAAGGGAAUUUUAUCUCGCCCAUGGACAAUAGUAAUUUAUCAUUCGCACCAACUUCAGCACCAAUCGGCACCUCAACAGGACGUAAUAAUGAAUGGGAUAAUACAGAUGAAGAUUUAGGGUUAGGAAAUAAUGCCUUUAAUGCCAAAAAGAAAGAAAAGGAAACAGAUGAUAAUGAUCAUGAAUCUACUGAGAAAGUAACUCAGGAGCCAGAACAGCCGAAAGAAGAGAAAAAAGAAGAAAAGUCUGGAUGGUUUUUUGGUAGGUUCUUCGGAAAGAAAGAAGGCAGUGGUAAAGUUGCUAAUUUGGGAGAAGAAAGUUCGUUUUAUUUCGAUCCGGUUCAACAAAGAUGGGUCAACAAAAAGGGUGGUACGGAUACACCUACGGCUUCAACUCCUCCUCCACCACAGCCAAUGCGCGCCAAAACUACAUCACCUACGCCAUCUGCAUCAAUGAUGAGUUCAAAUUCAAACUUACAGUCAACCCCACCUCCAAUUACCAAUAGACAAUCGUUGCCACCUAUAAAUGCACCAGGUGGAAAUGUUUCAGCACCACCACUUAAGCAGAGAAGCGUGUCUAGUGCUAGUACACGGCGUCCUAUUCGAUCGAGAUAUGUGGACAUUAUGAAUCAACCACCACCAUCUCCAAAAUGA